AUAAACACAAUAUAUAUUAUAUAUAUUAAAGCAGACAUUGUAUAGUUAAUAAUUACAUAUAAAACUAACACGAUGAAGUCCGUGUUCAUUAGCAUCUUUGACCUUUUUGAAAACACUGGCACGCAUACACAAGCACACGCACAAAGGGGGUGUGUAGAGCUGCUACUUCCUGUUCAAAGCUCAAAGUCCAACGGACAGAAAGGAGACACACAAGACGCCACACAGAAGAGAAUAACUUUUCUAAGCGGUUCCAUCAGUGACAUUUGACAAGAAGAAGAAGAAGCUGCUAGGAUCCACACGUAGAAGUUCAAAGUCCCUAAUGGAUUGUACCUGAGGCCCAGCAGGAGGGAGAAUCCUGAGAGCCAGCGGUCAGAACCCGGAGCGGCCAUCUUGGGCCAAUAGGCGGCGCCCCCUGCCUGCCAGCAUGGAACCUCACGUGCACGGCGAGAAGGAGGCGCUGCAGCAGUUCUUUGGUGGUCGGGAUGUGAGUCAUGUUCUGGACAGUUCUGUAGCCGUGGAUACCAGCAUCCUGGAGCGCUACCUGAGCAGUGACUUGGACCCGAACACUUUCGCGCUUCCUGACUCCCCACCUGACUCCGAGGCCUGCUCUCCCGAGCAGAUCCCAGACCACGCCUACGUCCCUCCUGAUCGCCUGCUGAGCCACGACCCCGCCUCGUCUGUGGUCAGGUGUGCGUCCUCAGGUGGACACUUGCUGCAUUCAGAUAGAUGUUGCCUUCCUUCGCCGCCAACGCACGGCGUCCCCUGGACGGCUUCGGCCCCGCCUGCCACCACCAGCUUGCCAGGCUCCGCCUCCCUACCGCGCACCAGCUCCCCUGUCAGUAAAAGAAGACGAAGCGGCUCGCAGGACUCUUCAGCGGAACCGGAGACGAGCCACAGAGACGCGGCCUGCGGAGGACAAGGUUUGAGCGGCUUGUUGGCGUGGGAGAAGUUCCGUCCUGGGGAGUGGAACACCGCCAUGGACGUCAGCUUCCAGACGCUGUGUCCUCCCGUCUUCCUGGUGGACACAGACAAGGGUUUCAACUACUCGCCAGCUGACGACGCCUUCGUCUGCCAGAAAAAGAACCACUUUCAGGUCACAGUUCACGUGGGCGUGGCUACAGAGCCGCGCUACAUGCCCACGUCCCACGGCGUGCAGCAGGUGGACCACUUCCUCGUCAAAGUGUUUGGAAUCAAGUUGGAAGCUCCCGAGCAUCAUGUGACCAUCGAGCAGUCUCAGGCCGACCGCAGCAAGAAACCUUUGCGGCCUGUCAGGGUGGCUCUGAGCGGCGGCGGGAUUAGCAAAGUGACGCUAGGACGCCUCCACUUCAGCGAGACCACCGCCAACAACAUGAGGAAGAAGGGACGACCCAAUCCGGACCAGCGAUAUUUUCAGAUGGUGGUGGGCUUGUAUGCCGCCAUCAGGGAGGAAGAAGAGGAGAAGUCCUUCCUCAUGGCCGCCCUCAUGUCAGAGAGACUCAUCAUCAGGGCUUCAAACCCAGGUCAGUUUGAGAUGGAGAGCGACACCUUGUGGCAGCGCGGGGCGGUGCAGGACGCCGUGAUCUGUCAAGGCCGAGUGGGCAUCAACACGGACGCCCCAAAAGAGGCGCUGGUCGUCUGCGGCAACGCCAUCGUCACAGGAAGCCUCAUGCAGCCGUCGGACCGGCGGGCCAAGGAGAAUAUUCAGGAGGUGGACCCAGAGAAGCAGCUGAAGAACAUCACGCAGAUGAGACUGGUGGAGUUCGACUUCAAGCCUCAGUUUGCCUCCAGCAUGGGGAUAGACCACGCCCACCAGACAGGUCUCCUCGCUCAGGAGCUGAAGGAGCUGCUGCCGUCGGCCGUCAAGGAGGUGGGCGACAUAACGAGUGGCGACGGCCAGAAGAUCGAGAACUUCCUGGUGGUGGACAAGGAGCAGAUCUUCAUGGAGAACGUGGGUGCCGUGCAGCAGCUUUCCAAAAUGGCCGACAACCUGGAGAGCCGCGUCACCGAGUUGGAGGUGUGGAAGCGACGCCUCGCCAAGCUCAAGAGCCUGACAGGAAGCCUGCGCUCCACCAGCACCGCGUCCAGGAAACAAAGCACUGUGUCGGCCUCGCAUGCUUUUCACGUACCAACAAAAUCAUCCACCACGGGCGACGCCGGCCAUUGUGUGCCGCACAGAACCUUCCAGGCCUGCAUCUUCACGCUGUGCAUCACCGUGGCAGUUUGCAGCAUUACUAUCGGCGCCCUCUACCUGCUCAGCCUAUCACAGCAGAGCGACAUGUCUGCAGGCGCCAGUAACAGCAGCGUACUUCCUGGGACAACCACGGCCAGCAGCAGUUCGGCCCCACCCACAUCCCCUUCCUGGCCCACCACGCCCUGGCCCCCCGACGUGCACUUCUGCGACUUGCUCUACUGCGACACGGUGUACUGCUGCCCCUCACCACCUGGCGGCCGCCGCAACGCCAACGUCACCUCCAGCCAAUCAGGCGAGGGCGAGGGAGCAGGCAAAAGCAAAGAGGACUUUUUCCAGAAGUUCCUAAGCGCCAGAGACUGGACAAACACCAGCAUGGAGUCUUUCAUGAUCAAGGAGAACCAGCAGGUGAUUGACAGGCGCUACUGUGUGAGAGACGAGUGCGGACCCGACAGGUUCGUCUUCCAAGUCCCCAUCAGCCCGUUUGUCCCUGUCAACAUGCGAGUGACGCUCCUCAUGAACUCCAAGCAGCUGCUGGUCGUCCACCUGUGCGCUUUCCAAGAGUCGACCACGUGCGCCAGUGUGCACGACAGAACCCACGUGAGCGCCGGCAAAUACCCUUCAAACACUCAGGGGGAGCACGAGUGGCCUCUGCACGUCGCCCGUCUUCAUCACAGCUCGUAUCACUUCCGUUCUGCGGUGGCCGGUCAAGCCGACUGCAGUACUAACCAUCACUUCGCGGGGGCGCUCUUCACGGACUACCACUUCUACUUCUACCGACGCUGCACCGACUGACUUUAAUGAUGUGAAUUAAGCAUGACAGACGGAUGGACGCCGGCCGCCUGCAGACUCCGCUCCAGUCGGUGCAGGGUGGCGUUCUUCCCCUCGGAUUGUCUCCAUAGCAACAGAGCGGCCAGCGUGGUGCCGUGAUGGCUGAGGGUGUGAUCGGCCCGG